AUUCUCUUGGUAGAUAAUGCGGUCUACAUUUGAUUGUGAGGAAUUCUAAAUCAGGUGAACAGAAGGAUUUGAGUUCCUGUAUGUUUCUUUCAUCGCACCAUCUCCGGAGUCUGACCAGAAGACCGCCACGUUUCCCUCUUUUUCGGAGUUGUUUUUUUGGGUCGCUGCAUGCGAUCCAUUCCGUUGUCCUGUUUGUAAGGCAGAACACAGGAUCCGUGUCGCGAAAAAUAUAUUCUUGGUCGUACUGAUGGUGAGUUGACGCUGAUCUUAUAUACAGAACAUGGUUUCCAAAGACAGAUCCGGCAUAGUCGUAGAUUGACAAGAAAUGUAAAUUCAUCUCAAUAAAGCUUGAUUCAUAUAGGCUGUCUGGGUAGCAUGUCCUGUAAAAAAUAAAAGCUUAAUCACUCAUUUGAUUGGUAUUCAACGGGCCUUCCGCUCUCCAUGGUCCUGAUGUUUUCAAUGGACAGAAUGGCCAAACCACUCAGUCUCUCCUGUCCCAUGCUGCUCCUCAGGUAUGAUUUAAUUACCUUCAGUUUGGGAAAGGAGUGCUCGGCACUGGCUCCCAUUACAGGCAGUCAUAAAAAGGAGCAUCGCUGUAACCACUUCCCCAAAUGUAGCAGUGACUGAAUUGUAAUCCACAAUGAGCAUCUUGGCCAGGUCUUUCACUGUAGUGUGCUUUGCUAUUUGCUUCUUAAAACAGGCCCUGAAAUAGAGUCAUUUGCCAGGGAAGCUUGCUGAUAUACAGUGCCUUGCAAAAGUAUAAAACAUUUUUUUCUUCAUUUAACCAGGUAGGCCAGUUGAGAACGAGUUCUCAUUUACAACUAGGACCUGGCAAAGAUAAAGCAAAGCAGUGCGACAAGAACACAGAGUUGCACAUAAACAAAUGUACAGUCAAUAACACAACAGAAAAGAAAAAUAAAAAAAAAUGUGUUCAGUGUGUGCAAAUGUAGAAGAGUAGGGAGGUAAGGCAAUACAUAGGCCAUAGAGGCAAAAAUAAUUACAAUUUAUCAUUAAUACUGGAGUGAUAGAUGUGCAGAUGAUGAUGUGCAAGUAGGGAUACUGAGGUGCAAAGAGGGUAAGUAAUAAUAUGGGGAUGAGAUAGUCGGGUGGGCUAUUAACAGAUUGGCUGUGUACAGGUACAGUGAUCGGUAAGCUGCUCAGACAGCUGAUGCUUAAGGUUAGAGAGGGAGAUAUAAGACUCCAGCUUCAGAGAUUUUUGCGAUUCGUUCUAGUCAUUGGUAUUCACCCCCUUGUUGUUUUUCCUAUUUUGUUGCAUUACAAUCUUUAAUUUAAAUGGGUUUUUAUUUGGAUUUCAUGUAAUGGACAUACACAAAAUAGUCCAAAUUGGUCAAGGGAUAUGAAAAAAAUUACUUGUUUAAAAAAAUUAUAACUGGAAAAGUGGUGCGUGCAUAUGUAUUCACCCCCUUUUCUAUGAAGUCCCUAAAUAAGAUCUGGUGCAACCAAUUACCUUCAGAAGUCACAUUAUUUAACUAAUAAUGUCCACCUGUGUGCAAUCUAAGUGUCACAUGAUCUGUCACAUGAUCUCAGUUUAUAUACACCUGUUCUGAAAGGCCCCAGAGUCUGCAACACCACGAAGCAAGCGGCGGCACUAUGAAGACAAAGGAGCUCUCCAAACGCGUUAGGGGCAAAGUUGUGGAGAAGUAUAGAUCAGGGUUGGGUUAUAAAAAAUAUCAGGAACGUUGAACAUCUCACGAGCAUCAUAAAUCCAUCUUUAAAAAAUGGAAAUAAUAUGGCACCACAACAAACCUGCCAAGAGAGGGCCGCCCACCAAAACUCACGGACCUGGCAAGGAGGGCAUUAAUCAGAGAGGCAACAAAGAGACCAAAGAUAACCCUGAAGGAGCUGCAAAGCUCCACAGUUUAGAUUGGAGUAUCUGUCCACAGGACCACUUUAAGCCAUACACUCCACAGUGCUGGGCUUUACAGAAGAGUGGCAAGAAAAAAAUAAGCAAACACGUUUGGUGUUUGCCAAAAGACAUAUGAGAGACUCCCCAAAGAUAUGGAAGAAGGUACUCUGGUCAGAUGAGACUAAAAUAGAGCUUUUUGGCCAUCAAGGAAAAUGCUAUGUCUGACGCAAACCCAACACCUCUCAUCACACGAGAACACCAUCCCCACAGUGAAGCAUGGUGGUGGCAGCAGCAUGGUGUGGGGAUAUGUUUCACCAGCAGGGACUGGGAAACUGGUCAGAAUUGAAGGAAUGAUGGAUGGUGCUAAAUACAAGGAAAUUCUUGAAGGAAUCCUGUUUGUCUUUCAGAGAUUUGAGACUGGGGUGGAGGUUCACCAUUCAGCAGGACAAGGACCCUAAGGGUACUGCUAAAUUAACACUUGAGUGGUUUAAGGGAAACAUUUAUGUCUUGGAAUGGCCUAGUCAUGUCUCAAUCCAAUUGAGAAUCUGUGGUAUGACUUAAAGAUUGCUGUACACAAGCGGAACCCAUCCAACUUGAAGGAGCUGGAGCAGUUUUUCCUUGAAGAAUGGGCAAAAUUCCAGUGGUAAGAUGGGCCAAGCUUAUAGAGACAUACCCCAAGAGACUUGCAGUUGUAAUUUCUGCAAAAGGUGGCUCUACCAAGUAUUGACUCUAAGGGGGUGAAAAGUUAUGCACGCUCAAGUUCUGUUUUUUUGUCUUAUUUCUUGUUUGUUUCACAAUUAAAAAAAAUAUUUUACAUCUUCAAAGUACUAGGCAUGUUGUGUAAAUCAAAUGAUACAAACCCCCCAAAAAUCUAUUUUAAUUCCAGGUUGUAAGGCAACAAUAUAGGAAAAAUGCCAAGGGGGGUGAAUACUUUCGUAAACCACUGUAUCCAGCUAUCCUCUAUGCUGCCCAGGACAUUUAGAAAUAUCCAGCUAUCCUCUAUGCUGCCCAGGACAUUUAGAAAUAUCCAGCUAUCCUUUAUGCUGCCCAGGACAUUUAGAAAUAUCCAGCUAUCCUCUAUGCUGCCCAGGAUUUUAUGUUGAAGCUCAGGUGUUGAUGUGCCAGCAGUCUCCAGAAAUCCCUGAAACGACUCUGUGAUGGUCAGAUCUGUGGCGACAUUAUUUGCAUCCCUUAUCACUCUCACAUAGCGAUAAACUCGGCUGAACUGGUCUACUUUGGAUACGUCUGGUGUCCAUAAUAAUACAACAAAAUGGGGCUUCCUGCAUCUCCCUGAAUGUCACACUUCACUCGCUCGGCUAAGAUAUAAAUCAGCUCAUUUUGGAUUUAAGGACUAACGGAUCCUGCAGGUCGUUCUAAAAGUUCUUUCAGAACUGGGUCGUGAAAUGACAGCGGUGCAAUUAUACUGACAAUAUUCUCACUGUUGACCUGCCCCAGCUUUUCACAGUGCUCUCUGAACACCAAAUAACAUGAUGCAAGUGUGAAAGUUACAUUAACUAGGCCGUCGGUCCCACUUCCACCUGUUUCUUCAGCCGUCACGAUUCUAGCCUCUCCCUGCUCCUCUUCCUCCCCACCCGGCCCGGGGAUGUCUGGCCUGACUUGUGCUCAGGGUUGUAUCCGCCGAUACCUGACAACCUGUAUCCUCCUCUAAGUUGCUUCUUCUGGCACGAUGGAACAGCUUGGCCUUGGCUCACUUGACCCGCUAAAAGCUGCUGCUGGUGAUGAUAAACCUACAUCCUCUUCUGGUCCCGCUACAUUGCUGGCGAUGAUUAACCUACAUCCUCUUCUGGUCCCAUUACAUUGCUGGUGCUGAUAAACCUACAUCCUCUUCUGGUCCCGCUACAUUGCUUGUGCUGAUUAACCUACAUCCUCUUCUGGUCCUGCUACAUUGCUGGCGACGAUAAACCUACAUCCUCUUCUGGUCCUGCUACAUUGCUUGUGCUAAUUAACCUACAUCCUCUUCUGGUCCCUCUUCAUUGCUUGUGCUGAUUAACCUACAUCCUCUUCUGGUCCCGCUACAUUGCUGGCGAUGAUAAACCUACAUCCUCUUCUGGUCCUGCUACAUUUCUUGUUUUAGCAAUGGCUGCACUUGAACUGCGUUUGAAAAAGGAAUCUAAUUUCACUAAUAUUGAUACCACUUUUGCUUUCUCAUUUUUGGCCUUCCUCUUUUGGGUGCCACUUUUAUGUUGAUACAUUGCAGAUUUUUACAUCAGUAAUUUUCUAUUCUCGACUUUCUCUCUUUUUUUCCCCCGGCCGUUGUCUCUUGAUAGCUAGCUCAACUAUUGCUUAAAACGAUGACAGAAACAAUAACAUUUUGGAGAGUAUUUGCACAAUGAAUUCCAGAAUGCAUUUCAUUAUCUUAACAUGGUAUUGAAACUAUUGAAUAUUAUGAUUUCUUUAGCAAAUUAAUUUGAUUUAUUGUCAUCAAUACACUAAAAUAUCAUACUGACUUAUGUAGUGACAGAAAACACAUUUUGAUGGUGAAACCAUCAGUGGGAUCAUUUAUCAUAUAGCCUAGGUUAAAUAAAUGCUUUCUGGUCAAAUCGUAGACGUGAUUGACCCGUGUCAACAAUUAAUACUUGGGCAUGGUGGGGAGGUAUUCAAAUUACAUAGGGGACCCGCGGCUCCACAGAUCCGGGCCCAUGUACGUCGCGAGCCCUGGUGUGGGAGCACCUGCUGAAGCUACGCCACUGAUUGGAUCCAAGGCUCGAGACUUUAUUCAGCAAAGAUGUCCGGCAACAAUACUGGGAUGGAAGCAAAUGGAUGCUGAUGAUGCGGUGCACGGUCGUGAUGGUUAUGACUACGAUGGUUACCGUCUCCGGGUGGAGUUCCCCCGUAGUGGUCGUGGCGGGGGGAGAGGGGGGAUGGGCGGUGGAAGGGGCGGGGGUGACGGUGGAGGACCCAGAGGAAGAUAUGGACCUCCAUCACGACGCUCUGAGUACCGGGUCAUCGUCUCCGGUCUCCCCUCUAGUGGUAGCUGGCAGGACCUAAAGGACCACAUGCGCGAGGCAGGUGAUGUAUGUUACGCUGACGUGUUCCGGGACGGUACCGGCGUGGUGGAGUUCGUACGCAAGGAGGACAUGACCUACGCUGUCCGCAAGCUGGACAACACCAAGUUCCGCUCCCACGAGGGAGAGACUGCCUACGUGCGUGUGAAGGUGGAUGGACCUCGCAGCCCCAGUUACGGACGCUCCCGCUCUCGUAGCCGUAGCAACGGGCGUAGCAACAGCCGCUCACGCAGCUUCUCACCGCCGCGACGCAGCCGGGCCUCUCCACGCUACUCGCCACGACACUCACGCUCCCGCUCCCGCACCUAGAUACACACACACCUCCAGGAACCCCAGCCCAGCAGACCCCAGCCCAGGGAGAGGGAUGUGAGAUCAUCAGACCAGGAGACUCAAGACAGACGCCCUCCGGUGGAUCUUCUAAUGUGUUACAUCAUUCUACCGUUCUGCUGUUCCUCUUGCCUCGCCUUCCUCUUCUUGUUCUUCUUCCCCUCCCUCUGUUCUUUCAUCCCCUUGUUUUUGGUCUAGUUUGCCACAGAUGUUAUUAUAUUUUUGUUUUAUUCAUGAUCUCUGUUCUCUUUUGUAUCUGCCCCACCCCCUCCUCCAUCUGCCUCCUGUCUCUUUACAGUCCUGCACUCCCAUCUCCUUGUCCCCCUCCUAUCUCUUCUCUCUCUCCCGCUCCCCACUCUCUUUGUCUUGGUGUUAUGGCUGCUGGGGGGGAAGGGAAGGUGUCAUGCUGUGUGGAGGGAUGGGGUGGAAAUGGGAAAGAGGGAGGUUUUUUCUUUUGUGUUGAUGGAGGGAUGGUUUGAUUGUGUUCUGAUAGGCUUUUGGGACACAGGAACAGAGUCUGAAUUGGCUCGGAAACAGGAAACAGUUUAUAUUAGCAUUAACAGGAGGAUGAGGAGUCAAAUAACCAGCCAAUGCGAUGACGACAGUCUUUCACCCAAAUAGCUUUCCGACCUGUUUAUUUUUAUGAUCCAGUUAUAACUGUUAAUAAAUGUUUUAAAACGGCA